AUGGGUGAUUACAGCUUCGGCUUGUUACAGACAGCGAGUCUCGACAGCAGCGCACUGUUCGGCGCGUUCAGACCGUCCUACUCGAGCCUCUCCGGUGACCUCCUGCUCCUCCCCGCAGCCUCCCCGCCACCGGCUCUCCCCCGCAGCGGUGCAUCAGCAGCGUCCCGGCACAACAUGCAGGAUGUGCCCGCGGGGGUGACAGCCUCCUCGCGGCGUCAGGUCGCGUCCACCGAGUUGAGCGACGACGGGACCGGAAACUCAGCCCCCGAGCGAUCGCCACCCACCGGCGGCGAGAACGGGAGCGGACCUCAUUCUCAUUCCCAUCAUCAUCACCACCAUCAUCAUCCUCCUCCUCAUCUUCGCACGGAUUUCAGCGACUACAAGGCCGGGCAGGGCCGCUUCAGUGCUGUCGCGUCACUGCGUGACCUUGAGAGAGACCGGAGCGAGAAGCCUCAGCCGCGCGCGGACUCGGAGUGCGCCCCCGACGGCCCCGGAGCUCAGCUCGCGGACGAGGCUCUGACCGAUGCUGCGGCGCCCGUGAGCCCGAACAAAGUCCAGAUCCGCAUGGAGCCCGGGAGCGCGCACCUCGCGGCGCCCUUCACGAGCCUCCAGCAUCACGAGAGCUCGGCUGCGUCUCCCUCCCUGCCUGGGUUCGGUGGCGCGCCGUGGUCGGUCCACACGAGCUCCCCGCCGCCUGCUCCUCCUCCACCGCCGCCGCCGCCGCCGGGAUCCAACAGCGUCAUGCCUGGAACCGAACCGCACGGCGGAGGAGGCGGAGGGGGAGGAGGAUUCUACCCGGGAAUCCCGUCCCCGGGGUUCUUCCAGGGCUUCGGACACGGGUUCGGCGCUCCGUUCUCGCCGCAGAUGGGCGGCGCACCGCCGCAGCACGCGCCCAGCCGCCGCUCCCCGCUCAGCCCGCAGCACGGCGCCUUCCUGCAGCAGAGGAACAGCUACAACCAGCAGCAGCCCCUGAUGAAACAGUCCCUGUGGGGCAGCGGCUGGAACUCAGCGGGCGUGUCCUGGGGCAGGGACCAUCGAGGGCGUGGCGUCGGUAUGGCCGUGCCCGUCUCGCUCGGCCAGAUCUCGCCCAUGAAGAAGCCGUUCAGCAGCGGGAGCGUCAUCGCCCCGCCCAAAUUCCCACGCUCUGGAGUUUCGCUCGGCCCUAAGACCUGGAGUGACGACAACGUGUUCCGCACCGACAACAACAGCAACACACUGCUGCCUCUGCAGGAUCGGAGCCGAAUGUACGACAGUCUGAACAUGCACUCGCUGGAGAGCUCUCUGAUCGACAUCAUCCGGGCCGAGCAGGACCCUCUGAAAGGCCGCAUGGGAUGUCCAUAUCCUGGCGCCGAUGGCCUGCUGAUGCUCAAUGCGAGGAGUUACGGCAGACGACGAGGACGUUCCUCCCUCUUCCCGAUAGACGACGGUCUCCUUGACGACGGACACGGUAACCAGGGCGUACCCGGGGUUCUGGGAUCUUCCGGUUAUCCGCAUCAGAACGGCGAGCGCAUCGAGAGGUUCUCACGGAAAGUGUUUGUGGGCGGCCUGCCCCCCGAUAUAGACGAAGACGAGAUCACAUCCAGUUUCCGGCGCUUUGGUCACCUGGUGGUCGACUGGCCGCACAAGGCGGAGAGCAAAUCCUACUUUCCUCCAAAAGGAUACGCCUUCCUGCUUUUCCAAGAAGAGAGCUCGGUGCAGGCGCUGAUCGAAGCCUGUCUGGAAGAGGACGGCAAGCUCUACCUGUGCGUCUCCAGCCCCACCAUCAAAGACAAGCCUGUUCAGAUCCGCCCGUGGAACCUGAGCGACAGUGAUUUCGUGAUGGAUGGCUCGCAGCCUCUCGACCCACGCAAGACCAUCUUUGUAGGCGGAGUUCCCCGUCCUCUGAGAGCAGUUGAGCUGGCUAUGAUCAUGGACCGUCUGUACGGUGGUGUGUGUUACGCUGGAAUCGACACCGACCCUGAGCUAAAGUACCCAAAAGGUGCAGGCCGUGUGGCUUUCUCCAAUCAGCAGAGCUACAUUGCAGCCAUCAGCGCCCGCUUCGUCCAGCUGCAGCACGGAGACAUCGACAAACGGGUGGAGGUGAAGCCGUACGUUCUGGACGAUCAGCUGUGUGACGAGUGUCAGGGGGCGCGCUGCGGAGGCAAGUUCGCACCCUUCUUCUGCGCCAACGUCACAUGUCUGCAGUACUACUGCGAGUUCUGCUGGGCGAACAUCCACUCACGGGCUGGCCGAGAGUUCCACAAGCCGCUGGUCAAAGAGGGAGCUGACCGGCCGCGCCAGAUUCACUUCCGCUGGAACUAACGAGCUACAAGGAAGCGCGCCUGAAGACCGAGCUAUCAGUAUAGAGCACCUAACAGUAUACAGUAUACAUAUAGAAAUCUAUGAAUAUAUUUAUCUUUAUCUUUUGUAGCAGCCGGAAACACUACAUGCCUCAUUAUUUAUAAUAUAUUUUUUUCACCAAAUCACACACUUUUGCUCCCAACCACUCUCCCACCCCUAUCACCCCAGUCCCUACAUCUCAGGCUUUUGUGGUACUUUGGUGGUGGUGUUGUUUUUUGUUUUUUAACCAAGAUUCAGAUCAGAAACGAGAUUUGUAGUUGAUGUUUUUUGUUUUUUUUUUUCAAAUUAUUUUUAUAUGUCAGAUUUAACGAGUAGAUACGAGAAUGUCUUUCGCAUGAGAGGGCAGUUGUCUGUCUGUCCGUCUGUCUGUCUGCUGCUAAACUCCCCCCUUCCCUCGUGGGCAAAGUGCGCAAUUGUUUCUGGAUAAACACUUGAUGAUGAUGAUGAUGAUGAUGAUCCUGGGGAGCCGCAGUGUAAUCCAGUGGGGAAAUCGGAGAACCCCGUGUUGAACUGUAAGCUCCCCUGCUGAAAUCGAUGCCUGCCAAGGGCUUUACCAAAGGUAGCGAAAGAAAACAAUAUUCUCGCUUUUAUUUACUUCUGGAAUGGUUUCAGGAAAUCUAAUUUACACACUUUGUAGUUUACUUCAAAUGAAGUCGAUCAGUCGAGGCCGAAAUGUCUGAGGGAGCUUUUUCACGGAUAACGACAGUAAAAAAGAGUUCCCUUAAAUAGCUCUAUAAAUAAAAACAAAACUUCUGUAGCGUAAUGCCGGUGUUCUGCCAGUCCGUGCUACCUAUCAUUUUUUGCUACUUAACGUUUCUGAAUGUGCAAACUCCAACAAGUUUGGAAACUGUUGAAUUCAUUUAGUUGAUUAUGUCCUGGAAGCAUUAUUUGAUGGGGAUAUUUGUCUAUCAGAAUAUGCUACUAUGUCCAAAACUCUACAAUAAAUAUAUGCUAAUAUAUGCUCUAAUAAAACAUCAAACAUACUUUAUUUACUGGCAUAAGACAUUUACUCCUUUAGUAUUUAGCAUUUUUUAACAGGAUAAUGCGAAUAGAUAGACCCACUUGCGACAGGAGCAUUUUUUGACAAGUCAGUGUAAUUUGGCAGAGCACCGUUCACCAUCUUGGACAACACUAUUUGCUAUCACUUGACUCCGCCUUCUAUAGUACAGUGUUUUACUUUAUAUGUAAAAAUAAGGCCCCUUCGUACAAUUUGUCAAUUUAUAUUUACGCAUAAUGUUGUGGAAACAAAUUAGUAUGUGUUUUCAUAUUACAUAUAAAUAAACAGAAAGAAUAUUGUUUUCUAUUAGAUUUGGAUACCAAAUUGGCGUCUGCGUCCCCUGUCAAUAUUGGACCACAUCAUUUCAUACUCGGACGAAAGUGCUAUCCAUCUCUUCCACCUGCGUGACCUCACACACACCUAUGAUUGGCCAUACAGCUAU